AUGAUUAGUUCUUAAUUUUGGUCCAAAAUUCAAAACAAUCCAUAAACAUUUUCCUGGAAAAACACUAUAGAUGAAUACAGUAUUGAAUUUAAUUAAAUAUUGAUAAACAAUUUAAUAAACCUCAAUAUCUAAUCUUAGAAUAUUACAUAAUCGUCUUUACUAUAAAUAUUUCUAUUUUGAAGUGGAGUCCUUAAGCCAAAGAAAACGAAAUAUAGAAAUAAAUAAAUAAAGUCAGCUAUUUUAAUUUUAAAUCUUAUGAAACCUUAAGAGAAAGAUAUUAAAACCUAUUUACUCUACUUUAUUAAGAAAGAGACAAUCUUACAAUUUCUAUUGUAGGACAAUCUUUAUUGCUUAAUAAUUAACAAAAUAAUUAAAUCUAAAUUAUUAAGAAUAAGAAAAUUAAUAAGAACAUGACCAUAAGAAGAAAUCAUUUUUAGGCUUAAGAACCUUAAGCAGAACCUUAUUAAAAUUAACAAAUUCUAAACUCUCCAAAUGAACAUUUAAUAGGAGAAGAGCUACUUACAUUAGAAUUAAAAUAAGAAGAUAAAUGA